AUGUCUGCGGGUAGCUUGGACCUUGCAGAGGGAAAUGCCCCGACCAAGUUACAGCCUACAAAAGUGAACCAUUUAAGUAUGAUGGACAAAAAACUGAGUCUCUUGAAUGAAAAGGUGGACAAACUGUUGCAUUUCCAAGAAGAUCUGACAGGCAAACUUCAGCGAGUUAACAAAGGCAUUGAUGAUGUAGAAAAAGGCAUUAACAAGCUAACAAUAUCCCGAGCAGCUCCUGAUGAGACAGAUGCAAUGAAAAAAGGGCUAAAGGUACCGGACAGUACUCACCAGACUGAUAUCCAGAGCAUCUGCUCAGAAGUGUUGAAAUUGAUGAAAGCGGCCCAGCUAGAUGCCUUGAAGCAUAAGGAGAGGCUGACAAAGAUAGAGAAAAGGGUUGAUACACUGGAUAAAGUUAUUACAUUUGUGGGAGAAGUAUUAAAAAAUUCUAAAGUAGUGGACUUCAUUCUUAAAGGCAUUGUGCCCUGGAAGAAGGGGAGUCUGCUGGAAAUCCUUGUUGAGGCCAAAGAUAAGCCCGAGGAGAGUGGUGCAAAGCCUAAGCAUGUGCUCAGCAACAGAGGAACCCAAACUGAAAGCAAGAAGCCUCUGGAAGAGACAAAAUGUGGGAAAAAGCUGGAUGCAAGCAAAGGAGCAUGUGAGAAGGUGAUUGCUGCUGGAGCUGUAGCCCACAAAGCUGACUCCAAACCCCAAGUUAAAGAGAGGACGGCGCAGCAGCAAGCAGUAGAAGAUCAUGUAGGCAACCAAAAUGUUCCUGCUAAAGCACACGAUACGGACAGAGCCCCACGCCUAGAUGAGUGCCACAAGCAGCUUGUUCAUCAGAAACUCGGAGAGAAUGAAAACAAACCUCCAUUGUCGAGUGUGGCAUCCAGGGAAGCUGUGCCCUCCACAUCCCGGGCUAUAUCUGACACAGGGUGUGAAGUGACACAUACCAGGAUAUCCAUCAAUGUACAUAUGACUGAAAUGAAAGAAAACAUUGAGAUGACCAAGGAAGGAAACUUAGGUGAUGACAGCGGUAAAAGUCGCAAAUUAAAAUCUCCAUCCUCCACCCCAGCAGAAGUGGAAGGAGUCAAACAGCUGCAUGACAAACUAAAACUUCAACAGAGUCCUAAAAACGUCAGCACUGAGCCAAGCCAAGAAGUGAAAGGGGACGAUAAGCAAAAUGAACUUGCACCUCAAACAAGGAAGCAACAGCCAUUGCUGAGCAAGCCCAAACCAGGCAAAAAGGCUGAAGAGAAAUUGGAUUUAAAAUGCAAGGCUGUGACCUCACAGAAUACCUCUGCAAAGGAGCCUACGAAAGAUCCGGGAGUAGAAGUGAAAAUCCAUCAAGAAACAGCAAAAGCAGAAGAAUCCCUGAGGGAUGCCAGUUCUGAGAGGAGAGAAUCUGAGUCUGCAUCUUCAGGGGGAGGUGAAAAUGAUGCCUGUCAGUGUGCAGGAACGGCACCAGAGGAGGCCAGGUCAUUGGAAUCUAGCAAAGAGCUUCCCGUGGAGGAUGAAAUGAUCAUUGAUGACAGCCCUUCUCCUCCGGCUCCUUUCGAACACCGCAUAGUGAGUGUCAAGCAAACAGAGCUGACAAUGUGCUACUCGGUGUGUCAUCACGAGGUGCUGGGGGGGGGGCGUUUUGGGCAAGUUCACAAGUGCACAGAAAUAUCGACUGGUCUCAACCUGGCAGCCAAGAUCAUAAAAGUGAAAGGAGCAAAAGAGAAGGAGGAAGUAAAAAAUGAAAUUAACGUCAUGAACCAAUUAAAUCAUGUGAAUCUGAUCCAGCUUUAUGAUGCUUUUGAAGCCAAAAAUAAUAUCACUCUGAUCAUGGAAUAUCUUGAUGGUGGUGAAUUAUUUGACCGGAUCACAGAUGAAAACUACAGUCUAACGGAGCUGGAUGCAAUCCUAUUUACCAAACAGAUCUGUGAAGGAGUCCACUACUUGCACCAGCACUAUAUACUCCAUUUAGAUCUGAAGCCUGAAAACAUCCUAUGUGUAAAUCACACAGGAAACCAGAUUAAAAUUAUUGAUUUUGGAUUAGCAAGGAGGUACAAACCUCGUGAGAAGCUGAAGGUUAAUUUUGGAACUCCAGAGUUCUUGGCUCCUGAAGUGGUGAACUAUGACUUUGUUUCCUACCCAACAGACAUGUGGAGUGUAGGCGUCAUCACGUAUAUGUUGUGA